GGAACGUGGCGGCGCCACCAUUUCAACGCCACCGGAAAGCACUCAAAUUACCGAAACACCCUUCACAAAGCCACAAAUGCAAAACCCAAUAUGGGCGACUAACCCAAGCAAGUCGCCCUUUUGGGGUCCGACAUUUCUCGAUCGUCAUUGCUCGAAACUAAUCAUUCAGUCUACCAGGAGGCUUAGCAGAAGAAGAAAAAGGGAGGAGAGAGAGAGUGGGCGCUGAGGGCAAUGCCUUGUUCUUCUAUCAAUACAACGUCUUCUUCUACCGAUGACAACGGUGCUCUUCGUGCUUUCAAGCUGAGUGAGUCCACGUUUUUGGCUUCUCUGAUGCCUAAGAAGGAGAUUGCUGCUGAUCGAUUCGUCGAGGCGCAUCCUGAGUACGAUGGCCGUGGGGUUGUUAUCGCUAUUUUGUGUUGUUUUUCUCCAGAUUCCGGUGUAGACCCAGCUGCCGCUGGGUUACAAGUUACCUCAGACGGGAAACCGAAGAUCCUUGAUGUUCUUGAUUGCACUGGCAGUGGAGAUAUUGAUACCUCAACUGUGGUGAAGGCUGAUUCAGACGGUUGUCUUCGUGGAGCAUCAGGGGCAACUCUGGUUGUAAAUUCUUCGUGGAAGAACCCUUCUGGGGAAUGGCAUGUGGGUUAUAAAUUGGUAUAUGAGCUUUUUACAGACACAUUGACUUCUCGUUUGAAGAAAGAAAGAAGGAAAAAGUGGGACGAAAAGCAUCAGGAAGUAAUAGCUGAGGCUGUAAAGAAUCUUGAUGAAUUUGACCAGAAACACAUCAAAGUGGAGGAUGCACAGUUGAAAAGGGCUCGUGAAGACCUCCAAAACAGGGUUGACUUCCUCCAGAAACAGGCUGAAAGCUAUGAUGACAAGGGACCUAUUAUAGAUGCUGUUGUCUGGAAUGAUGGAGAACUAUGGAGGGUCGCUCUUGAUACACAGAGUCUUGAGGAUGACCCAGGGUGUGGGAAACUUGCUGAUUUUGUACCCCUAACUAAUUAUAGGAUUGAAAGGAAGUUUGGCGUGUUUAGCAAACUAGAUGCCUGCUCAUGUGUCGUUAAUGUAUAUGAUCAAGGCAAUAUCUUGAGUAUUGUGACAGAUAGCUCCCCCCAUGGUACUCAUGUUGCUGGUAUUGCUACUGCUUUUCACCCAAAGGAACCAUUGUUGAAUGGAGUUGCACCUGGAGCACAAAUAAUAUCUUGUAAAAUUGGAGACUCACGCCUAGGUUCAAUGGAAACAGGGACAGGCUUGACCAGAGCAUUAAUAGCUGCUGUGGAGCACAAGUGUGAUCUCAUCAACAUGAGUUAUGGAGAACCUACAAUGCUGCCUGAUUAUGGACGAUUUGUUGACCUUGUUAAUGAAGCGGUGAAUAAGCAUCAUUUGAUAUUCGUCAGUAGUGCUGGUAACAGUGGGCCAGCAUUGAGCACUGUGGGCUCACCUGGUGGUACCACUUCAAGCAUUAUAGGUGUUGGUGCAUAUGUAUCUCCUGCAAUGGCUGCUGGAGCUCAUUGCGUAGUUGAACCUCCACCUGAAGGCCUUGAAUACACUUGGUCUAGCCGAGGACCAACAGUUGAUGGUGAUCUUGGUGUCUGCAUAAGUGCUCCAGGUGGAGCUGUAGCACCUGUGCCCACAUGGACUCUUCAAAGACGCAUGCUUAUGAAUGGAACAUCAAUGUCGUCUCCAUCCGCUUGUGGAGGAAUUGCAUUACUUAUUAGUGCAAUGAAGGCUGAGGGCAUUCCAGUGAGUCCAUACAGUGUUCGGAGGGCUCUCGAGAACACAUCUGUCCCCGUGGGUGGUUUGCCAGAGGAUAAAUUGUCCACUGGGCAAGGGCUUAUGCAAGUUGACAAGGCACAUGGAUAUAUUCAAAAGUCUCGAGAUUUUCCAAAUGUUUGGUAUCAAAUAAAGAUUAAUGAAGCUGGUAAAUCAACUUCUACAUCACGGGGCAUCUACCUAAGGGAAGCUAGUCGCUGCCAUCAGUCUACUGAGUGGACAGUGCAAGUUGAGCCAAAGUUCCAUGAUGAUGCAAGUAAUUUAGAACAAUUAGUUCCUUUUGAGGAGUGUAUCGAGCUACAUUCCACUGAGAGGGCAAUUGUGAGGGCUCCUGAGUAUCUCCUUCUUACUCACAAUGGGCGUAGCUUCAACGUAAUUGUUGAUCCUACCAAUCUUAGUGAUGGCCUACACUAUUAUGAAAUUUAUGGAGUAGAUUGCAAAGCACCCUGGCGAGGUCCUCUUUUUAGAAUUCCUAUAACUAUAACAAAACCCAUGGCUGUAAAAAAUCAACCUCCGAUAGUUUCAUUUUCAGGGAUGACAUUUUCGCCAGGACAUAUAGAACGGAAAUAUAUUGAGGUUCCACUGGGUGCUAGUUGGGUUGAGGCCACCAUGCGGACAUCAGGAUUCGAUACUUGUCGAAGGUUUUAUGUCGACACUCUUCAGAUUUCUCCAUUGCAAAGGCCAAUUAAGUGGGAGAGGGUUGCAACAUUCUCAUCUCCCACUGCAAAAAAUUUCACCUUUGCAGUGGAGGGUGGCCGAACAAUGGAGUUAGCUAUAGCUCAAUUUUGGUCAAGUGGCAUAGGAAGUCAUGGAGCCACAAAUGUAGAUUUUGAGAUUGCGUUUCAUGGGAUUAACAUCAACAAAGAGGAAGUAGUACUUGAUGGAAGUGAAGCACCUAUCAGAAUUGAUGCCAAAGCUCUACUAUCAUCUGAGAAACUUGCCCCUGCUGCUGUUUUAAACAAGGUACGAAUUCCAUAUCGGCCUAUUGAGGCUAAGCUUAGAGCUCUUCCAACAGAUCGUGAUAAACUACCUUCAGGCAAACAGAUUCUAGCAUUGACAUUAACGUACAAGUUCAAAUUGGAAGAUGGAGCUGAAAUAAAACCUCAAAUUCCAUUCCUUAACAACCGCAUAUACGAUACUAAAUUUGAGUCUCAAUUUUAUAUGAUUUCAGAUGCAAACAAGCGUGUAUAUGCAAUUGGUGAUGUCUAUCCAAAUUCUUCAAAACUUCCCAAGGGUGAAUACAAUUUGCUGCUACAUCUGAGGCAUGACAAUGUGCUGUUCCUGGAGAAAAUGAAGCAAUUGGUGUUGUUUAUUGAACGAAAUGUGGAAGAUAAGGAAGCUGUUCGAUUGAGCUUUUUCUCUCAACCAGAUGGCCCAAUUAUGGGAAAUGGUGCUUUUAAGUCCUCAGUUUUAGUUCCAGGAGUAAAAGAAUCCUUUUAUGUUGGCCCUCCUAACAAAGACAAGCUCCCAAAGAACAUUUCUGAAGGAUCUGUACUGCUUGGAGCUAUCUCAUAUGGGGUACUAUCAUUUGGGGGUGAGGAAGGGGGAAAGAAUCCAAAAAAGAAUCCCGUGUCUUAUCAGAUAUCUUAUCUAGUGCCACCAAACAAGGUUGAUGAGGAAAAAGGAAAAGGUUCUUCUCCAUCUUGCACCAAAAGUGUGUCAGAACGUUUAGAAGAAGAGGUUCGUGAUGCAAAGAUAAAGAUUCUUGGAAGCCUAAAACAUGGCACUGAUGAAGAGCGCUCAGAGUGGAGAAAGUUAGCUGCCUCUCUCAAGUCUGAAUAUUCAAAAUACACUCCAUUGCUCGCUAAGAUUUUGGAAGGUUUGGUUUCUGAGAGUAAUGCUGAAGACAAAAUUUGCCAUGAUGAAGAGGUUAUAGAUGCAGCAAAUGAAGUAGUUUGUAGCAUUGACAGGGAUGAAUUAGCAAAAUAUUUUUCACUCAAAAGUGAUCCAGAAGAUGAGGAGGCAGAGAAAAUGAAAAAGAAGAUGGAGACGACUCGGGACCAGUUAGCUGAGGCACUGUACCAAAAAGGACUGGCACUGGCAGAGAUUGAAUCUUUGGAACAGGGUGAGAAGGCUCCAGAAGCAGCUGCAGCUGAAGGCACAAAAGAUGUAGACAAGCCUGAUGAUCAAUCGGCACCUGAAUCUACCCAACCAGAUCUGUUUGAGGAGAACUUCAAAGAACUUAAGAAAUGGGUGGACCUCAAAUCCUCUAAAUAUGGGACCCUCUGGGUGGUGCGUGAGAGACGCUGUGGCAGGCUUGGCACAGCACUGAAGGUACUAAUAGACAUGAUUCAAGAUAACGGAGAGCCUCCAAAGAAGAAGCUGUAUGAACUGAAGCUGUCGUUGAUUGAUGAGAUUGGAUGGGUCCAUUUGGCAUCGUACGAGAGACAAUGGAUGCUCGUGCGAUUCCCACCUAGCUUGCCCCUUUUUUAAGAUGUCUGAAACUAAGGCUGGAAUAGGAGAGUGCAGCUGCAGCACAGGAAGAAAACUGGGCCUUUCAGUGAAGCAACCACCCCAUGCCUCCAAGAUCAUCUUCAGCUCCUGGCAAUUGCCUCUGUUUUCCAUGGCAUUAAUCUGCAUCCUCACAUUAUGAAAAACCAGUACUUUCAGGCAUGUUUAAUAAGGGUGAGGAAAUUGAAUUUUACAUGAGAACAGGCCAGAUUUGUACAUUUGGGAUGUGCCAGUUCUGAUUAAGCAUAUGAGCUUUACAAUAAUUGAGAAUAUUCAGGGUUGGUUAGUUUCUUUUAUUUUCUUUCCAUGAAA